AUGGACGACCCUGGAGGAGGGGGUAGUACCUCCGCACUUUUUGGGUCAAGAUAUGGACUUCUGAUGAAUACUGACGACAGUGAUAUAUCCAUGAUACAACGAACAAAGAAUAGGAGGACAAAGCGACCAGCUCAGCGUGAUGUAACUCACGAAGAAAUGUUCCAGAAACAAAUCCGGUUCGAUGGAAGAGAUAAUGGCGGACGGUUUUUGGUUUUGAAGAGGACUGACGAGAAGGAAUCAAUGACCAACAUAUCACCAUUCCUGAUUAAAAAGCUGAUCGAUAAUAUAACCCCAAAUGUUCAGAUUAGUCGAUACCAAGGUGGUGCGCUUCUAUUGAAAACGGUUGAUCGUUUCCAAGCUGAAAAAUUAAAAAAACAAUCGAAGCUUUGUGAUCAAAUUUCCGUUAAAAUUGAAGACCAUGCAACGUUGAACACAUCGCGAGGGACCAUUUUCUGUUCCGACUUGAAAAUGUUAAAAGAUGAUGAGAUUUUGGUGGAAUUGAAAUCUUCACACGUGAUCGCAAUUAAAAGAUUACAACGAAAGACCCCAUCUGGAGAGCUGGUGGACACGGGAGCAUUCGUGCUCACGUUCGAUCGUAGCUUCCUCCCGUCAUCAAUCGAUGUUGGUUUUUAUAAGUGCCAGGUUCGUACCUACAUCCCUCCACCCAUGCGAUGCAUGAAGUGCCUGAAGUUUGGACACCACAAAAACGAUUGCCUCGGAAAACGUAUGUGUGCUGAUUGUGCUGAGCUGUACCAUGAAGGAACCGAAUGCCUUCAGAAAUACAAAUGUAUCCACUGUAACGGCAACCACAGCGCCUUGUCUAGAGACUGUCCUAAAUACGUAGAUGAAGCAGAAAUACAACGUAUCAAGGUCACAGAAAAAAUCUCCCCCAGAGAAGCUAGACAAAAAAGACGAUCCCAAGUUCCUAAUCCGAUAUACUCAGCACCCAAUCUCCCAGUUACAUAUGCAGAUGCACUCCAAAGCACUUCUCGUACUCUCCCCACCAAGAGAAAUCCAAGGGACUCAAGACGUCCAUCAUCACCUCCCAGCAACCAGCACUCAACAACAGGAACUCAAGAUGACAUGCAGCACUCAACACCCAACACCAGCACUCAACAACCAGAAACUCCAACAGACUCACCAGUAGAAUCAUCAACUGUUCAACAGAUCUCACCAACCAUCGACACAGAACAAAACGAAACAGCAAUAAAAUCACCAGCAGCAGAAGGAAAUGAACCAACAAUACUCACUCUCGACAAACCUGAUAACAACAAUCAUCAGCCCGCUACUCCUAUGAAUAUUAGCAACGCUCUCCACCCCCCAGUGAGUGGUACAGCAACUAAUCCCAACGAAACCCCUACCGCAAACAUUCAUUGGCAGCUUAUGAACAUUUUCCCUCCGGGCGGCCAUCGUCAGUACCAGGACGUGCGUGCCGAUUCAUUUGCAUCGAUGCUGUACCAGCUUGGUGCUACAAAACAUGUUGUUGAUGCUGAUGAUGCUAUGCUAGUGCCACCGGUUGCGUUACUUGUAUGUAUUAUCACAAAUAAUCUGGAACCAAGUCGCUUAACUUUGGCUCUCCGGAACCAAGUCGCUCAAAACACUCAAGCUUGUUCGCGUCACUAUGGUUCUCCGGAUCUUCCGGAACCAAGUCGCUCAAAACUCGAGAUUAUAGCGUCACUAUGGUUCUCCGGAUCUUCCGGAACCAAGUCGCUCAAAACUUGA